AUGUUGGAAGAUAUAAAGAUGGUGGAAGAUGUGGAAAUGCUGGAAGACAGGCAGAUGCUGGAAGCCCUGGAGAUGCUGGAAGACUUGAAGGAAGAUGUAGAUUUUUUGAAAGACAGAUUUGUGGAAGGUGUAGAUUUUCAGGAAGACAUGGAUUUUCAGGAAGACUUGGAUUUUCCAGAAGACGUGGAUUUUCAGGAAGUCUUGGAUUUUCAGGAAGUCUUCGAUUUUCAGGAAGUCUUCGAUUUUCAGGAAGUCUUGGAUUUUCAGGAAGACUUGGAUUUCCAGGAAGACUUGGAUUUCCAGGAAGACUUGGAUUUCCAGGAAGACUUGGAUUUUCAGGAAGACUUGGAUCUUCUGGAAGACUUAGAUUUUCGGGAAGACAUAGAUUUCUGGGAAGACUUGGAUUUGGAAGACUUUGAUUUUUUGGAAGACUUAGAUUUUCAAGAAGACUUGGAUUUUCAGGAAGUCUUGGAUUUCUGGGAAGACAUGGAUUUCUGGGAAGACAUGGAUUUUCAGGAAGACUUGGAUUUUCAGGAAGACUUGGAUUUCUGGGAAGACUUGGAUUUUCAGGAAGUCUUGGAUUUUCAGGAAGACAUGGAUUUCUGGGAAGACAUGGAUUUUCAGGAAGACAUGGAUUUCUGGGAAGACUUGGAUUUUCAGGAAGUCUUGGAUUUUCAGGAAGACAUGGAUUUCUGGGAAGACAUGGAUUUUCAGGAAGACAUGGAUAUUCAGGAAGACUUGGAUUUCUGGGAAGACUUGGAUUUUCAGGAAGACUUGGAUUUCUGGGAAGACAUGGAUUUCUGGGAAGACUUGGAUUUUCAGGAAGACAUGGAUUUUCAGGAAGACAUGGAUUUUCAGGAAGACUUGGAUUUUCAGGAAGACAUGGAUUUUCAGGAAGACAUGGAUUUUCAGGAAGACUUGGAUUUUCAGGAAGACUUGGAUUUCUGGGAAGACUUGGAUUUUCAGGAAGACAUGGAUUUUCAGGAAUACAUGGAUUUUCAGGAAGACUUGGAUUUUCAGGAAGACUUGGAUUUCUGGGAAGACUUGGAUUUUCAGGAAGUCUUGGAUUUUCAGGAAGACAUGGAUUUUCAGGAAGACAUGGAUUUUCAGGAAGACUUGGAUUUCUGGGAAGACUUGGAUUUCUGGGAAGACUUGGAUUUUCUGGAAGACAUAGAUUUUCAGGAAGACAUGGAUUUUCAGGAAGACUUGGAUUUUCGGGAAGACAUGGAUUUUCAGGAAGACUUGGAUUUUCAGGAAGACUUGGAUUUUCAGGAAGACAUGGAUUUUCAGGAAGACAUGGAUUUUCAGGAAGACUUGGAUUUUCAGGAAGACUUGGAUUUCUGGGAAGACUUGGAUUUUCGGGAAGACUUUGAUUUCUGGGAAGACAUUGAUUUCUGGGAAGACAUCGAUUUUCAGGAAGACUUGGAUUUUCAGGAAGACAUGGAUUUCUGGGAAGACUUGGAUUUUCAGGAAGACUUGGAUUUUCAGGAAGACUUGGAUUUUCAGGAAGACAUAGAUUUCUGGGAAGACUUGGAUUUUCGGGAAGACUUGGAUUUCUGGGAAGACAUUGAUUUCUGGGAAGACAUUGAUUUCUGGGAAGACAUGGAUUUUUAGGAAGACUUGUAUUUCCAGGA